CAGGAGAGCCGUUUCAGAGGAAACGUUUUGCAAUUACUACUAUGAUUACUACUGUUGUGUUUCUUCAUUUAGGGAAUGCGAGUAGCGAAUACUACGAUCCCAUUAUCCCUCUGCAUACUAGGCUACAGGACUUUUACCAUGUCUUUUGUUACCGAUAUACAGCUAAUGAUGCAUGGAUUUGGUGAUUGCCGCAAGCCUUUACCAGAAACUGCAGCUGUUAUUGAAUCUGUUGUUCACCAACAAAUGACACUUUUUCUACAUCAGGCCACAGAGAUAGCUGAGCAAAGGGGCUCCAGGCUGGUUGGUCCUGAAGAUAUCCUCUUUAUAAUGCGUAAAGAUCCAUUAAAGCUCCAGCGACUGGUGCAUUACAUGGGAGUUCGUGAUCUGUAUCAGAGAGCUAGGGCCUCUACAUCUGGCAGUGGAACAGAAUUACAAGAGAUGGGAGUUGAAGCUGGCACUGAAGUUUCUAGGAAAAAGUUAUGUAUAAGUUUUUUACAGAGCAUUGAUCAGACUGGACAGUAUGAACCAUUGUAUACGUCUUCCAUUUACGACCCAGUCAGAGCUGAAAGAGAAUCACGUCUUGAUGGUAUGACUCAGGGUAUGACUUGUCAAAAAUAUAAAGAAUACUGUGAAGCAAGGAAAGCUUCAUUUUGUCCUCGUUUAAGAGUAAACAAGUUCAGGGAAUGGCUGCUUCGUGACGAAAGUGGGGAUGUUAAGUUGACUCAGCUCGUUUUAGAAAUGCUGAACCGUUUGGCUUAUGAAACAGUAGCCCAGAUAGUUGAUCUUGCUUUGCUGGUGAGACGAGAUGCCACCGGCCACACUUCUGAUUUGUCACGUUUUAGGACACCUACUGCAUUGAACCCUGAUUAUCCAUGUGUUCUUAUCAUCAGGUAUGACCAUGUUGAUGGAUCCAUGCAAGAAAUGGGCUCAAAUGAAGAUCACCAUAUUGGUAUGGAUCCUAUAACUCCUGCUCAGGUUAGAGAAGCUGUUCGAAGAUACUGGGCGAAUAAUUCUCCUUUGGCUCCGUUUUCAAAAACUUGUUCACCUAUAAAUACUCGACUCCUAGCUGCUUAAUCAUUAUAAUUAUGUAUGUAUGAGAGGGUAUAUUUAUUUUUAUGUUUCUGUAGUCUUUGUAGGCAUACAGGCAUUAUGAAGUACAUGAAUCUUGCUCUUAAGACAAGGAAUUAAGUGUCAAAGUAAAGCAUUUGUCAUAAAAGUAGAGAUCUGUCCCAAAGUAAAAUAAGUUUAAGCAUUCCAGUUAGUACUAAUUUUUUCCACUUGACCACUCAUAAUUGUUUUGGCAAUGUCUGUUGAUAGUAGUUUUAGAAAAAGUGGCAGGGAUUAGUGUGAUGAGUCAGGGCAUUUUGAGGAUGAAGAUGAUACUAUAAUGCACUAUACCAUCACUUAAUAAAGUAACAGUUAAUGUGAACUUAUACAUUUUCCGUCUUGCACAUUAUUUCCUUUUUCCAUUGUUAUUUCAGAUUAUUGGUAGUUAUUCUUCACAUACUCAGUGCCUAUUGUUAUUAAUGAUGUAUUUUACAAAUAGGUAAUUGAGCGAGCUACAGCAUAUGUAUUAUCAGUUUUAUGUUUUAAAUUCCUCUUUUGUACGUAUAAAGGUGACUUAUUUAAUUUUAUUGUUAGGUUCUUUUAAAAAUCAAACAUUAUUGCCUUUUAUCUUUUUUACUCAGAAUAAUGAAGUGCAUAUCAUUUGGGUUGUUGUUGUAAUGAAGAGAUUUAAUUUAUUCUUGAUAUACAAUGUGAAAGUUUUCAUGUUUACCAUAGUGAGAUUUUUUUUAUAAUCUGCUGAGCCAUGAGAAUUUUUUAUAAUUUGCUGAGCCAUUUUGAUUAAUAAUUGCAGAUUUGCAACAUAGUGCAAUUGUAAAGGAAUCUUAAAAUGUAUUGAAAGAAUAAAUUUUUGUAUGUC